UUAGGAAAAUCACCCAGCCACCAGUGGAAGCUUAAUGUGUUUGUUACAUUGCAAUGCACUGAUGGUAUUCGCCCGUCCUGAUAGAAGCAUAUAUCCACCGCGCGCCUCUCCAGCGUCAUCAUCACAGACAGAGACCAGCGAGCCGCUUCGGCCGUGCUGACAAAGCAGCGCCUGGCUGCCCCGUCGCUGCAUGGACAACCAGCACAAUGGCAGAGGAUUUGGGGGUGCCUCUGUUUAAGCAACAACAGGUCGCAUGGAUAAUCCCGCCACAGCCGAGCCAGCCGUGUUUACCCCGUCUCUUAGUUACGAUGAUUAGAGCGCCGCUGUCGACUAGUGGUGCUUGAUGAGGCAGGAGAGAGAGCGGUGCGGAAGCGGGGCUUCUCGUCCUGACAAUACGGAUUAAGAGGGAAACGCAAAGCAACGUGGAACAGGUGGACUGUGGCUUGGGGUCCUUCAAGAUGGAUAUAGAUCCCUGUUUCCGCUACUAUUUCCAACACCCAUGGUCUCGUCUGUUCGUGGCCUACCUCGUCACCUUCUGCAACUUCCUCAUCUUCGCCGAGGACCCUGUCUCCCACAGCCAGACGGAGGCUCACAUGAUUGUGGUGGGAAACUGCUUCUCCUUCAUAGUGAACAAGUACCCUGGCGGAGGAUGGAGCGUCCUCAAAGUCAUGUCGUGGCUGAUGGCCAUUGUCACUGGAAUGUUUGCCGGGAAGUUCAUAUUCCACCGCAGGCUCUUUGGUCGUUAUCUGCGUCUGAAAAUGUUCCGUGAGGAUCACGGCUCCUGGAUGACCAUGUUCUUCAGCACCAUCCUUUUCCUCUUCAUCUUCUCACACAUUUACAACCUGAUCCUCUUGAUGGCAGGAAGCAUGGGGCCUCACAUGGUGACAGAGUACAUGGGUAUCAGGAACGAGAGCUUCAUGAAGAUUGCAGCAGUGGGGACAUGGAUGGGGGACUUUGUGACUGCGUGGAUGGUUACUGACAUGAUGCUCCAGGACCAGCACUACCCAGACUGGGGCAAAGCUGCCAGAAGGUUCUGGAAACAAGGCAACCACAGGAUAAUCCUCUUCUGGACGGUCCUGAUCACUCUGACGUCGGUGGUGUUGCUGGUCAUCAGUACUGACUGGAUCAGCUGGGACAACCUGAACCGCGGCUUUCUGCCUAGCGACGAGGUCUCCAGGGCCUUCCUGGCUUCCUUCAUCCUGGUCUUUGACCUGCUCAUUGUCAUGCAGGACUGGGAGUUCCCUCAGUUCAUGGGCGACCUUGAUAUGAACCUGCCUGGCAUGUCCACCACACAACUCAAGUUCAAACUUCCUGUCUGCAAGAGCAUCUUCAAAGAGGAGUACCACAUCCAUAUCACAGGUAAGUGGUUCAACUAUGGCAUCAUCUUCCUUGUGUUGAUCCUGGACCUGAACAUGUGGAAGAACCAGAUCUUCUACAAGCCCUACGAGUACGGCCAGUACGUUGGUCCAGGGGAGAAGAUCUUCACCGUGGAGGAGCCCCACACGCUGGGUGACUUCAACCGUAGCACGCUCACCUACAAGUGGCGCUCCAGCAAUGUGGACCCGCUGACCAACCGCUCGUAUGUCCAUCGGGACAUGUUCUUGCACAGCCGCUAUGUGGGCGCCAGCCUGGACAUCAAGUGCCUGGCCUUCAUCCCCAGCCUGGCUGCCUUCGUCCUCUUCGGCUUCUUCAUCUGGCUACUGGGACGUUUCCAGGACAGCGAGACCUUCCCGGAGAGCCAGGUGGACAAGACUUACGAGAGGAUUAAGAGGAAGUCUCCGUCGGAGUAUAGUAAGGACAUGGGCGUCACGCCAGAGGAGGUGCACAUCUCUAUGAGCGAGACGCUCAAACGUUCCGGAACCCCCAUGCUGCUGUCAGUGGACGGGCAUCACUUGGCUCCACACACCGCCACCUCCACCAACUCCAUCUCGCCUGUUUCCACGGAGACCCAGGAGACGCACCCCAGCAUAGUCAUCGACAGCGCGGAGCCGGGAGAGCCGGCGGUUUCCUUUGAAGUCAGUAAACUGUCACCGCCCUGACCUUACUUCCUUGAGGGGAAAUACUGCUAUACUGCUACUGUCUGCUGCUGACAGACAGACAGCCUGUAGGGAGGACAGGAGACAGAGAAUAGAGAAUAAGACCAAACUGAAAGACAAUUUCAGUCCAGAUCUUUUCAGUCUGGGUGGAUAUUGAACACAACACCGAUUGAGUGUUCCUGGAGCAGAGGAUGUAGCUACACUGGUCUCUUGGGUUCUUCUGGACUAUUGGUUUUGCUACCAGUCUUUUUGUAAGACCGUGUUUUUAUGAUCUCUAAGCUGACACCAACACAAUGACAAACAGGUUAUUUUAACCUCCCUCACUGCAAAGUCGUAUUGUCAACAUGGUGCUAUCGCUAGAUUUUACGUUUUUGUAAUACAAAGGUGUUUUUUCUAAUCGUGACAUAUUUUGGUGCCUAUGUGGGAGAACUACUUCUACAGUCGAUCGUGACCUUGGGACUAUAAGGCUCUAUCUGCGCAAAGCAUAGUUCUGAGAUAUUGAGCAUCAAAGUUUUCACAUCCCAGAACUCAGAACUGUUUUGUAGUGAAUUCUUCUUUUAUAACCCAUUAAGGUCCUCACCUUAAAGGUAUCUAAAUUGCAGAGUAUCAAAAUCCUAAGACAUUUGUAAAUCUGUUUUUUUAGGGGGGUGCAAAACGCAGAUCGAACCUUAUGGUUCUGAGAUGUCAAUCUGGGUUCAGCCAUAAGGUUCUAUCUGGCACAGAAUGUUACAGUUAUUUCAAUUUCAAAAGAAAAGUACAGUCAUGUAAUGAUUAAAUAAGGAGAAUACCCUUCCUUCUUUCUAAUCACAUCAUCAAAUAUAUUAAUUAAUGUUCAUCACACAUUUGUUAAACUGAUAGUUCGCUAAAAUGACAAAUACACUAUAUCCUACUAGCAACAUUGCUAAAGCUUAGUUCUGGAUGAGUAAACUGACAUAUUUUUCUGGUCUUUAGUUAUCAAUCAAAUGUGGUACGUUAGUAAUUUUGGUGAAAUACUCCUUCCAAGGAGGUUUUCGAAUUGAUAUAGAACAAGAUAAAAACAGCAAUGCAUCUCCAAUGGGCCUAAGGCACCUGUGUUUAUUUAUAAAGAGCUUAAGUGGUGGCCAUUCUAAUGAAAAAGGGAUGAAAAAAUCAAAGUAAUUGCAAAAGAGGACCAGAACCUAUGAUGUCAAUAAUUGAGGACUUUGGCCUAUAAGGUUCUAUCUGCAAAAUGUACGGUUUUGAGAUAAUUAGUAUUUUUUAAGUCCCAGAUCUCAGAACUGUUUUGUGAUGUCUUCCUCUUUCAUGACUCAAAAAAUACAUCACCUUACAAACAAUAGUUUUUUAUUGACAACCCAGCAUUGUGUGAUUGAAUUGCAGAUAGAACCUUAUAGCACCAAGUUCAAAGGUGUUUGCGCAGAUAGAACUUUCAGAUUUUUCAUUCUUUCCAUUGUGAAUGGACUUUUUCACAAAUCUGACAUAUCUCACAUGUGAAGGAUCUCCUGAAGAGCAACUCUUACAGUGGGGGAAAAAAGUAUUAUAGUCAGCCACCAAU